AUGCAGACGACCGCGAUCCCGUCGCGAACCGCGGCGCGCGCGCGCGGGUGGACGAGAGCGCGAGAGGGCGCGCGCAACGCGACCAUCGUGCGCGCUAACCCACCCGGAAGUGCGCGACGCGAAGGCGUCGCGCGACGCGGCGACGACGCGGCGACGACGCGCGCGAUCGCGGUGGAUGAAAGAAAGUCAUCAUCAUCGACGGACGCCGUUCGCGAGUGCGCCGUGGGGGACGCGCUGCGGGUGCGAUUGCCCGGGGAGACUCGAGCGAGUUAUCUAGAGGUGGAGGCGACGAGCGCGAACCGCGCGCGCGGAGCGUUUCGAGGCGUCGAUGCGGUGCUCGAGGUGUGCGAAGAGACGAAUAGAGUGUUGUUGAGUGAAAUUGUCGAUGGGAACUUUGGAAAGGAUGGGAAGAGGAAGUCAACGCGAUUGUUGCGGGAAAGGUUUACGCGCUCGUACGACGGUUUGACGACGACGCUGGAGACGCUGCGAAGGUCGGGAGAAUAUCCGGCGCCUGGGUUUUCGGGCGCGAUCGAGUGCGAAGAGGUGUCGAGACUUUGUAGUUUGGAAGAGUUACGCGCGCGAGUUUCGGAAGAUGCGAGCUUUUGGGCCGACGGAAGUCCGAAAGAUUUCCAAGGCUUGUCCGCGGACGAGCACGCAACGCUCAACGCCGGGGAGAUUUUGGCGUUUCAGUGUGGAUGCAGACCGAUGUGCAUGGUGCAGCUGUGGACUGGUUGGGAAGACGAUUUGGGUCGACGACAAAGCAUUGACAUGCCUUUUGUCGCCCGAUUGCUGAAGGAAAUCACCGAAGACGAUGAAAUUGGUGUCAUCACCGUCGCGCCUCCAGGGGCAUCAGAAAAGCUCGGAAUCACCGCGCUGUUGUAUCCUCGAAAGUCGCCGUAUAAAGAGCGCGCGAAGCUGCUCGCCUCUUUCGGCGCCCAAGCAGCCAUCGUGGCGGGUUCAGCGUACUAUCAAACGCUGAUAGGACGGUGCCUCGGGUACAAGGAGGAGAACAUCAAUGCGCACGUGCAGCAAUACAACAAGGGCGUCGGCGUCUCGAAGCAAAUCAGCGACUUGGUCGAAGAAGAAUUGGCCGGGCUUAGCGCAGUUCCCGCGUCAAAACG